CAGAGGAAAUUUGGUAAUAAAAACAAACAAACAAGGUCAAAAACCAACAUUGAUUUUAAAAGUUUUGGUCCCCCUCAUGUUCUUCACGUUCGGGUGAUCAUCAUAGUGUUCAGUUACAGGCUGACGCCCGUUCACAUUUCUGAUUUCCCUCUCUUCUUUGCACUAAUCUUCACGGGUUCGGCAUUUAGGGUUCAAUCAACCAAUCUAGAGAUCGAGUUUUCUGCAGAAUGUUGGCCAAAGCUUGAAGCUUUAAGUAUUUCUCGGGGCUGAACUGAAACGGGUUCCUUCUAAAUUUUCUGAUUGAUGGUUGCUUUCGUCUAUUCCUAAACUCGAUCUCUUCCUUUGGUUAUUUAUUUAUUUUUUUAUCUUUUACGAAGAUGUCCACUCCCAUUGCCUAAUAAGUAGCUCUAGUUGUUUUUGUUUCAAAUUUUAAUAUUUUAUUCUUUCAAAGAAUGGUAUGUGGGGUUUGAGCUCAUUGUUGUCGUCUCUGUAGAAGUGUGUUGCAGUUUUGGGACGUUUUUGAAGAUGAGGAGAACGAAAAGUGAUCCUUCCAUUUCGAGAAGGUUUAAGUUGUCUCAUUUUUUGUUUGGCAUUGGGGGGUUAUACUUGGUAAUUAUAGCAUGUAAGUUUCCAAAGUUUCUAAGAACUGUAUCAACGCUAAGUGGGGUUGAGAGUCAUGGUAGAUUGGAUGGGGAAGAUGAUGGAGGCUCUGAAGAUUCAGAUUUGAGCAAGUCUUUUGUGAGUUCUGUUUAUAGAGAUGCACUUCACCGGAGGUUAGUGGAUAAUAGGGACCAGGGUGCACCCUUGAGGCCAAGCAUGGAGCCAAUGAAGGAGGCAGAACAUGGUCCUGAACCCUUGAAGAAGAUUCCUCCGCGAUAUGGUAGGAUAACUGGGGAAAUCAUGCAUGACCAGCAGGGAGAAAGCUCUAUUUUUGAUGAAAAACCUGAGUCAUGCCCUUCAUGGGUAUCAAUGAGUGGGGAUGAACUGGUGAAAGGAGAUAAUUUGAUGUUUCUUCCUUGCGGGCUUGCAGCCGGUUCUUCCAUCACUGUGGUUGGGACACCUCAUCAUGCUCAUAAGGAGUAUGUUCCCCAGCUUUCCAAGUCGAAGAAAGGUGAAGGAUUGGUUUCAGUUUCACAAUUCAUGGUUGAAUUGCAAGGGCUAAAGACAGUGGAUGGGGAGGAUCCUCCAAAAAUUCUUCAUUUGAAUCCUCGAAUAAGAGGGGAUUGGAGCAAACAGCCAGUUAUCGAGCAUAACACCUGUUAUCGAAUGCAUUGGGGAUCAUCUCAAAGGUGUGAUGGUCUGCCAUCUGGGGACGAAGAUGGAAUGCUUGUCGAUGGAUACAAAAAAUGUGAAAGAUGGAUGCGGAAUGAGAUUGUGGACCCGAAAGAGUCCAAGACGACAUCAUGGUUUAAGCGGUUUAUAGGGCGUAAACAGAAGCCAGCAGUGACCUGGCCAUUUCCUUUUAUAGAGGGUAGAAUGUUUGUCCUUACGUUGCGUGCUGGUGUUGAUGGAUUUCAUAUUAACGUUGGGGGUCGCCAUGUAACUUCAUUUCCAUACCGCACUGGUUUUACACUUGAAGAUGCUACAGGAUUGGCAGUUAAAGGGAACGUGGAUGUUCAUUCAAUUCAUGCCACCUCUCUUCCUACUUCCCAUCCUAGUUUCUCACCUCAAAGAGUACUGGAAAUGUCAGAGUCCUGGAAAGCCAGUCCUUUACCCAAACACCCUAUUAAACUUCUCAUUGGAGUGCUUUCUGCUUCAAAUCACUUCGCAGAACGUAUGGCGGUUAGAAAAACAUGGAUGCAAUCACCUGCAAUAAAGUAUUCAGAUGUAGUAGUACGGUUCUUUGUUGCACUGAAUCCAAGGAAGGAAAUAAAUGCAGUGCUGAAGAAGGAGGCUGCUUACUUUGGCGAUAUUGUCAUUUUGCCCUUUAUGGAUCGCUAUGAGCUUGUUGUGCUUAAAACUGUGGCCAUUUGUGAGUUUGGGAUUAAGAAUGUGAGUGCUGCAUAUGUUAUGAAAUGUGAUGAUGAUACGUUCAUUAGGGUGGAUAAAGUCUUGAAAGAAAUCGAGAAGGUACCCCAGAGAAAGUCCCUUUAUAUGGGCAAUCUCAAUCUCUUGCAUCGACCUCUCAGAAAUGGCAAAUGGGCUGUUACUUAUGAGGAGUGGCCAGAAGAAGUAUAUCCUCCUUAUGCAAAUGGGCCUGCUUAUGUAAUUUCCAGUGAUAUUGUUACUUUCAUCUUAUCUCAACAUAAAGAUAGGAAGCUAAGGCUGUUCAAAAUGGAGGAUGUAAGUAUGGGAAUGUGGGUUGAGCGGUAUAAUACAAGCACAGGAGCAGUCCAUUACGCGCACAACUGGAAGUUUUGUCAGUAUGGAUGCAUGGAUGGCUACUUCACUGCACACUACCAAUCACCAAGGCAGAUGAUUUGUCUUUGGGACAAAUUAUCAAAAGGCCAAGGUCGACCACGUUGCUGCAAUUUCAGAUGACGAAUCGAGAAAUGCAACUAUGCAAGCAGCUCUUGUCACAGUGACUUGCCAUUGUAUCUUUCUCCAUUCCCUUAAGCCUCUGUGGUUAAGGUAGUGUUCACCAUGAAUGAUUGUUUCUAAAACAGGACGGGCAAAAAAAAGCUCAGAUGAGGAGUGUGGAACCAGAUACAACUAUAACUUUGGUGCUUGUGCAUUCGAGAGGAGAAAUCAGGUAACAAAUGUUUACAUGAGAAUGUCAAAAAGCAUUGCACUCUCCAACACAUACAUUCGUUUAGAAUUAAAAUUUUGUGCCUUAAUAACUUGGCUUAUAUCUGUUCUUUACUUAUUCUUGAUUCAAUUUUGAUUGUGGAGUCUUAGAUGAAGACACCACUACUUUGAAUUACGUACCACUUUCAUUAUU